AUGUCUGCACGCCUUCUGAAGGGCAUCCUCAGUAGGAACAUCAUGACCGAGGCCACAAAGAAGGUGCCCAUCCCGCCGCGCGGCGUGGACUACCGCGGCAAGGUAGUGCUUGCGCCCAUGGUGCGCUCCGGCGAGCUGCCUUCACGACUGCUUGCGCUGCACUAUGGCGCCGACUUGGUAUGGGGUCCCGAGACUGUCGAUCGGUCUAUGAUUGGCACCACCCGGCGCAUCAACCCUUUGACAAACACCAUCGAAUGGUGCCGCACACCAUCUCAAGGCCAGAAGACGCCCCCUGCGGAUGCCAAAGAAUCGGUUAUAUAUCGCAUCGCACCUGAGCUCGAGGGCAAGAAGCUCAUCUUCCAGAUCGGAACAUCAGACCCGGACCGCGCCGUCGAGGCAGCUCGUAUUGUGGCAGGUGACGUCGUCGGCAUCGAUGUCAAUGCCGGAUGCCCCAAGCCUUUCAGCACACAUGCCGGCAUGGGCGCCGCCCUGCUGCGGACACCAGAUACAUUAGUCGCUAUCCUGCGCGCCUUGGUGGAAAACAUUGUGCCAGAGUUUGGCAUCGGCAUCAGCGUGAAGAUUCGCCUACUAGCGACGGCAGCCGAGACGGAGGUGCUGGUGAGACGGCUGGUAGCCACGGGCAUCACCGGACUGACGAUACAUUGUCGCACCACGCCAAUGCGACCGCGUGAAGCGGCUAUCCGGGACCAGCUGCGGAUGAUUGCUGAUAUCUGCCACGAGGCAGGCGUUGCGUGCCUCGUGAACGGUGAUGUGGCGAAUCGAGACCACGCAUAUAAGCUAAUGGAGGAGUUCGGAGUUGACGGUGCGAUGAUCGCGACUGCGGCAGAGAAAAACUCAAGCUGCUUCCGAUCAGCAGAGCAAGGCGGUAUGGCACCAUGGCAAGAAGUCGUCGAGAACUACAUCAAGAUGGCCAUGGACGUGGGAAACAAGUAUGGCAACACAAAGUACCUGCUGGCGCAAUACAUCCCAGGCAAAUCGCCUGUCUACAGACAUCUAUCGGCAUGCAAGUCUUUCACGGCAACUUGCGAGAUGCUGGGCUUGACGCAUUUGAUGGAGCAGGCAGUCGAGGCCGACAAGCGUUUAGGACUCAUUCCUGGCGCAAAGAGUCAGGCGCAGCACGCCAAGCGGAACAGCAGUGCUCUGACAGGCGAGCAGGUCGCAGAGGCAGUCUCUUCAAAACGUCCGCGAACAGAAAUCUCGGAGCAAGAUGUCGAGACAGUACCUGAGAUACCUCAGGCUGCAGUCGCGCUAUCAGCUUAA